AUGACCAUACGGCAUCUGACCAAACCUCUUCAGAAAGAAUGCGAGGAGAAACCAUCCUCUACGCUCCUAUCCCGCUUCAAGUCUCUGGUGUCGUCGCCGUACCUGCGCAGAGUGACCGGCAUUCUGGUGCCUGUGUGGCUGAUGCAGAGUUGCCUGUACAUCAGCAUACCGCUCAGCGCUGACCAAUUCCCCUCACCCUACGUGGCUAUGGCCGUGUUGGGUGUUGCCGAAAUCCCAGCCUAUUCGGUCACGGCUCCCAUCACUGCGAGGCUGGGCAGGAAAAAGUUCCUCAUAGGAGGACUUCUUCUCACUUGCGCUCUGCAAAUCAUCGUCGUGGUUCUCAUUGUCAUAGGAUAUCAAAAUUAUUGGCUGAACAUGGUACUCACCGCGUCCGGGUAUACUAUGAUCUGCAGCGUAUUUCAGGUGAAUUUGGUGUUCAGCAGCGAAUUGUUUCCCACAUCCAUUCGAUCUUUUGGCACCAGCCUGGCUUUUUUCAUGACGAGCGCUGGCUUCAACAUCCCUCCGUUACUGAAGAUUUUACUGCCUGCACGCCUAUCAUGGCUGCCUCUGACCAUCUACGCCAUUCUCGCCGGUCUGGCAGCCUUCCUGAUAUUGCUGCUGCCAGAGACCAACAACAAGCCGCUGCUGCAGACGCUUGGGAGCUCGGAAAAAGAUAACAGCUCAGAAAAAGGUCAAUUUGUUACAAAACCUCGAUAUAAAAGUGUUGAGAAUACUUUUACUGAAAGCCUUCAUAGUACGACUGAGCAAGAGACGGCAACUGCUGAUGUCAGGCAGGAUUGAAAACGUAACUUGGUGGCGACUUCUCUAUUACAGUGAGCAUUAAAAAGUUACUGAAAAAAGUAUGGAUGCAAACCAUGCGAGUAAACCCUGCCAUUGGUUUAAGCUACAAGCGGUAACAACAAAACCCAGCAAAAGGACAUAAGAAAUAAAAAAUAUUUCGUCCAGUGCACCAUAA